AGAAAGUAAUAACAUGCUUGGAAAUUGAGGAAAUUUUCAAGAAUUUUGAGUUUACAAAUGAUGACGAUGCUGUGAAGGUCGCCUUGGCCGUCUUUAUAGAAACUGUGAUGGUCGGGAAGGAUAAGAAAACACAGUUUGACAUGGAUAUUUUGGGAAGAGUUGAUGAUGAAGAAGCAUUUAAAAGCUUCGAUUGGUCAACUUUCUUCUACACUCGUCUGCUCAACAGUUUAAAGACAAGUCUCCAAGGCAAAAAAGAAGCAUACGAGCUGAAGAAGACACGAAGUUCCAAAGCAGUGUCAUACUAUAACAUCAAAGGCUACGUGCUUGCUUUUCAGGUGUGGGCUUAUGAAGUACUCUCAACCGCAAAUGAGCACCUGGCCACAAGAAACAGUAAGGGAUUAAUCCCUAGGAUAUUGAGAUGGAAUUGUACACAAGCUCCAUCUUACAAAAUGCUGCAGAAUAACAUAUUCGACAACAAAAAUACUGUUGUUCAACCUAAACUCAAGAUGUCAACCCAAGAGAAGGCUUUCAUGGAGAGUCGAAUUCGAGGGGAUGAUAACAUGCAAAUGGAGGAGGAUGAAUCCAUUGGAGCAAUGAACAACAAAUCAUUGGAGCAAUCAGACUCAUCUCCACAAAGAGAACAACUGUCACCCCAAAGGGAACAAAGUCAAACAGUGGCUGAGGAGUCUGAAAUGCAUCCAAUCACCAAGAAGAAACAUUUCAGAUCAAAGAAGUCGAAUGACAAAGAAGAACGAAGUCAUUCAAAAUCCUACAAGAAACUGAAGAAGGAAAUAAAAGAAGUUCGUAAGGAUUUAUCCACACUGACUUCUAUAGUCUGUAGGAUGGAUGACACAAUCACAAAGCAGUCAUUGGAGCUGUAUGAAAUGAAGCAGAUGCUGGAGAGAUUGGUCCAGAAUCAAACUGAAAAUCAAGGGAAUGAUCAUACUGAUCAGAAUGACAAUGAGUAUGUUGUUCAAGAACAACAUACUCAUCAACAACCUACUGAAGAACAACAUACUGAACAUCAAGAGGAAACCCAAAUGGAACAUCAAGAGGAACGUGGUAGUGAUAUAAGCAUAGACGGUAGGGAUGCAGACUUGCUAAUGACUAUAAGAGAUAUAUCGGAUAGUCUAAGUCAUCAAAUUCAGAAAGAAUCAGACCUGCCACAGAUGAUUACUACCCUUCCAUUUGUGAGCCAACCUCUUGCACUUUGUGAAUUGGCUCCAAUGGAUCAAACUGUACAAAUUGUAAAUGAAGAAUCUCAACUGGAAACAACAAAAAAACAGGUUGAGAUGAAAAAAAAUGAUGAAGCAGUUACUUUGGUUGAAAAAGAACCAGUAACUGUGCCUGAUAAAGAUGUGGAAGAAAAACCAAUAAAGAGAAGAAAGCUAUGUAAAUAGCAAAUAAAGAGGUGCAACAUGAAGAUGAACAAGGUAAUCCACCCACAACAUCUGCUCAGAUCAUAUCAGUAUCUACAACACCUGUCCCAGAUGUGGAAAUCAGAGAAGUAGAUCCAUAUAAUCCGAUGUGGAAAGUGGAUCCAAAAUUAUGGAAGGAAUACUUGCAAUAAAAAGAUCAAGAAAAACAACCCAUGAACAAAGGAAAGUAGUCUCCACAACCAGAAAGAAGGACUUUUUCAGACAGCUUGAAGAAAACACAUGGGUACAUGGAGACACAUUGGAUUUGCUAUUAUCCCACUUGCAGAAUAAAAUGUUGCAUCUCAAGCACCAUUGCAAGCGUUCUUUUAGAAUAUUACAUUCCUCUUUUCUGAUUGGAAUCAAUAAACCAGACUGCAUUGUUUGGAACCAUAUUUUUGAUACUCAUCUGGUGACACCAGAUAAUACGAAAGCUGAAUGGACAGACCCAACGGCACACCUAACUAUAUGGACAGAAAAAGAUGUGGAAUACUAUUUCAACACUGCUGUUGGUGAUUACAACGGAAUACCAGGGUGGGGAGAUGUCAACUACGUGAUUACCUGCAUCAACAUAAAAGA